GACUUUUCAUAACUUUUAAAAAAUAAAUGACUAAUAAAAACAGAUAACAUAAGAUCAAAAAUCACUUCAACAGUGAAAAUAUUGUUUUUAUUCUUGUAUUCAUAGGAUAUUCCGACCUCUCUUUCUUCCGUAUAAAAGUAGGGGACAUACAAAAGUGAUACGUAUACAUGAAUGUGCAUGGAAAAAAAACGCAUCGGAGAUGAAUUGUAAUCGUGUUAAAUUUACAGCAUGAACAGCGUAUGAUAACUAUAACGAUAAACUAUAAUUUUGUGAAUAUUUAUGAAUAUAUAAAUCGGACGAAAUUUAGAAACGUACUGUAUAUGACAGACAUUUUACGCAAGUGCGUCAUUAGUAACAUGUUGACCAAAGAAGAUCCAAGAAAUUGCCUCAACAUGACCUGAGAAAAUAUCUGGACAACAGAAACCAAAAGGGGAUCAGAAUGUCCUCACCAAGGUUCUACUCAUGUGUUCUAUGUUCGUCUAGACCAAAGGCCCGAGAUAGACGACCACUAACUGGAUCCAAAAAUAAAGGACUUCGGAAAUUCCUCCAACGACGUUUCCUAAUAGAAUCCUCCAAGAUAUUUGCUACUGCGAGUGUCAUCUGUAAUAAAUGUCGACUCCGCUGUUCCCGAGAAAUCCAUGCAGCUGCUGGGGAUUCACAAAAGGACUUUGCUAAACAGAACCGUAUUCCGGACACAGAUCUUGGCACAGAGUACAUACCAUCCACCAAGAAAGCUAAGAAAAUACCAAAGUCACCUCCAAGCAUCACACUUCCAAUACCUUCAGUGGGAGGGAGUCAUUCCCAGUGUGCUGUCUGCAAGCGCCGUGGUCCAAAGCUAGUCGUCGUACCUAAAAAUGCUAGAUAUAAUCUGUUUUUGGAAACACUUAUUGUAUUGCCCAUUGGAGCUAGAUGUUGCCCAGGUCAUCUUUCCGAAAAUCUUUUCCACGCUCAUGCAGCAGAACAGAUUUCCCAGUCUCGAACCACAUCUGAUUUUAACCGCUCAGAUCUAAUGGAACUUAUAACAGAGAUUCGAGAAAUUGCUGUAAGGGGAAGUGAAAAACGCAUCGAUUUUGACAAUGUAAAGUCUUUAUCGGAUUCAGACGUCUUAACUUUGACUGGAAUAACAAAAAAGAACUUCGAUGAACUUUGUUCAGAAGUUGGAGGAAGUCUGAGAGAUUCGAGUACACGCAGUGUUCGAACAUGCAUUGGCAUAUUUCUCACUAAACUAAAGACAGGCAUGCCAAAUAAAAUUAUUCAAUUUAGGCAGAGACUCAAUCCGACGUGCCAUUGCAUCAGCGCGGAAGUAUCUUUCACAACAUUUUGUGCCAUCACAUCUGGGUUUUGGGCAUAUAAGCAGAGAAGAAAUAAUAUCAUCGCAUACGAGACCAAUAGCACAAUCAUUAUUUGGAGAAGGCAAGUUUCCAGCCAUAUUAGUAGCCGACGGAACUUACAUAUACAUACAGAAGAGUUUACAGUUCAGAUUCCAACGCAAGUGCUACAGUUUACAUAA